AUGGCCGAGGAAAUUAUUAUCGAUAGUAACACCUUUUUCAGCCGUUUAUCCAGUUUCUAUGCGUCAUGGAAGGCAGACAAGCGCUCGGGCAAUACGCUCUUUGGCAAUGCAGGUUCUAUGGUCAUUCUGAUGGGAAAGACCGAUGAGGAGAACUCAUUCCAGAAAAACAAUGCCAUGCAUUUCUGGCUUCUUGGGUAUGAGUUUCCAGCGACACUGUUUGUCCUCACGACCGAAUCGAUCUAUGUCGUCACCACGGCCAAAAAAGCAAAACAUCUGGAACCUCUGAAAGGGGGCAAGAUCCCUGUUGAAAUUCUUGUCACUACCAAAGAUCCAGAAUCAAAAACUAAAGCAUUCGAAAGGUGUUUGAGCGUCAUCAAGGGCGCAGGGAACAAAGUCGGUGUCUUGCCUAAGAAUACAGCCUCGGGGCCUUUUGCCGAUGAAUGGAAACGCGCAUUCGGAGAAAUCUCAAAAGAAGUUGAGGAAGUGGACAUCACACCGGCACUCUCAGCUGCUUUUGCAAUCAAGGACUCCGAUGAAUUAGUCUCCAUCCGCAAUGCCUCCAGAGCAUGCAGUGGUCUCAUGUCAGAAUACUUUGUCGAUGAAAUGUCACGUUUACUCGAUGAAGAAAAGAAGAUGACGCACAAGGCCCUCGCUGCAAAGGUUGAUACUAAGAUUGAUGACGCAAAAUUCUUCAACAAACUUGCGCGGCUACCAUCAGAAUUUGACCCCCAGCAGAUCGAUUGGGCUUACGGACCUGUGAUUCAAAGUGGAGGCGCCUACGAUCUCAAGCUCACAGCGACACCUGACAGCAAAAACCUCGAAGCCGGGAUCAUUCUGUCCAGCUUCGGAAUCAGGUACAAGACCUACAGUUCGCUCAUUGGGCGUACUUAUCUGGUUGACCCCACCAAAUCGCAAGAAGCAAACUAUGCCCUGUUGUUAAGUGUUCAUGAAGCAACCAUGAAAGAAAUCCGUGACGGUGUGGUGGCCAAGGAUGUUUACAACAAGGCAAUGAGCCUCGUUCGGUCUAAAAAACCUGAGCUUGAGAGUCACUUCUCGAAGAAUGUUGGCGCAGGGAUUGGCAUCGAGCUUCGGGAUGCCAAUAUGAUACUCAAUGCCAAGAAUAACCGAGUCUUGAAAAACGGCAUGACGCUGUCUAUUACGAUCGGGCUGACUGAUGUGAAGGAUUCAGACCCGAAGAAUGCCAAGAAUGGUGCAUACUCUAUGGUCAUUACUGAUACAGUUCGUGUCGGAGAAAACGGCCCCCACAUUUUCACGAAAGAUGCCGGAAUCGAUAUGGAUUCAAUUUCAUUCUAUUUUGGGGAUGAGGAAGAGCCUGAAAAGCCCAUCAAAGAGAAAAAGGAAGCCAAAUCCAGCGCAACUGCGGGUAGAAAUGUCACAAGAACCAAGCUUCGUGCCGAACGACCCACUCAGGUCAAUGAAGGAGCCGAAGCCCGUCGUCGGGAGCAUCAAAAAGAGCUGGCUUCCAAGAAGACUAAGGAAGGCCUAGAUCGGUUCACUGGUACCACGGGCGAUGACAAUGGAGUGGCACAGAAGAAGUUCAAGCGCUUUGAGUCCUACAAACGGGACAACCAACUCCCUGCCAAAGUCAAAGACCUUACAGUUUAUGUUGACCAAAAGACUUCAACAGUAAUUGUGCCUAUCAUGGGCCGGCCUGUUCCGUUCCACAUCAACACCAUAAAAAAUGCCAGCAAAAGCGACGAAGGAGAGUAUGCCUAUCUGCGAAUCAACUUCCUGUCACCUGGUCAGGGUGUUGGCAGGAAAGAUGACCAACCCUUUGAAGACCUGUCGGCCCAUUUCGUGCGUAACCUUACUCUCCGGUCUAAGGAUAACGACCGACUCGCACGAGUGGCCCAGGAUAUCACAGAACUCCGCAAGACGGCUCUUAGACGAGAGCAGGAGAAGAAGGAAUUAGAAGAUGUUGUUGAGCAAGAUAAACUUGUCGAAAUCAGAAACCGACGGCCAGUGAAACUUCCCGAUGUCUACCUACGGCCUCCUUUGGACGGAAAACGUGUUCCGGGAGAAGUGGAGAUUCAUCAAAAUGGUCUUCGGUAUCUGUCGCCCUUCCGCAAUGAGCAUGUCGAUGUGCUUUUCAGCAACGUCAAGCAUCUCUUCUUCCAGCCAUGCGCCCAUGAAUUGAUCGUCUUGAUCCAUGUACAUCUCAAGACGCCCAUUAUGAUUGGAAAGCGAAAGACGAAAGAUAUCCAGUUCUACCGCGAGGCCACGGAAAUGCAAUUUGAUGAAACUGGAAAUCGUCGGCGCAAGCACAGAUACGGAGACGAGGAAGAGUUCGAAGCUGAGCAGGAGGAAAGACGGCGAAGAGCUGCGUUAGACCGUGAAUUCAAAGCCUUUGCCGAAAAGAUCGCAGACGCGGGCAAGGAUGAGGGUGUUGAUGUCGAUAUCCCUUUCAGAGAAAUUGGGUUUACCGGCGUUCCAAACCGUUCCAAUGUCUUGAUUCAACCCACCACAGAUGCUUUAGUUCAGCUCACUGAGCCUCCUUUCACGACGGUCACGCUAAAUGAAAUUGAGAUUGCUCAUUUGGAAAGGGUCCAGUUUGGUCUUAAAAACUUCGAUAUGGUCUUUGUUUUCAAGGAUUUCCGCCGGACUCCCGUUCAUAUCAACACCAUUCCUGUUGAAGCACUCGAGGGUGUUAAGGACUGGCUUGAUUCUGUUGAUAUUGCAUUCACGGAGGGUCCGUUGAACCUGAAUUGGACCACGAUCAUGAAAACAGUCGUUAGUGACCCAUACGGCUUCUUUGCUGAUGGAGGCUGGUCUUUCUUGUCCGCCGAGUCGGACUCGGAGGGCUCAGAAGAGGAAGAGGAGUCGGCUUUCGAGUUGUCUGAUUCGGAGCUUGCAGCUGGGGACGAGAGUUCCGAGGAAGAUAGUGAAUUUGACGAUGACGCUAGUGCCGAUGCUAGCGAGGAAGAUUUCAGUGGCGACGAGGAAAGUGGUGAAGACUGGGACGAACUUGAGGAAAAGGCGAAACGCAAGGACAAGGAGACCAACCUCGACGAUAAUGAUCGUGGGACUAAACGCAAACGCUAG